UUGAUCGGGAGCUUUACUAUGUAGUUAGGUGAGGAGCGCGCACCUCCGUGCUGCGUUUAAGCGUUAAACAGUUUAAAAGUGGGUCCACGCACCGGCGAAGCGAAGGCACCGACAGCAGCUGGGCUACGGACAGUCAGGACACCCCGGACCGGAGGACUGCACCGUCUGCGGUCGCUGCCAGCGGAGCUCCCCAGUGGACGGGCUCAGCUUCCUCCUUCAGGGUGUGUGUGUGCCGUCACAUCCUGACUCCUUUGGAGACCGUGGCGCAGGAGAAACAGCGCCUGGUUUAGCUUCCUGUGUGGGAGGAGUCAAGGCGAACGUCUGAGAAAUGUGAAGCUGAAGGAUCAGCGGAGCUGUCACUCAAACCAGUACCACGCCCCCCUGCACCACCACCGGCCAAUCAGCACACAGAGUGGAGGACCAUCAUGCACCUGAAGUCUUACCCGAAGCUCGUGCGUUCAGAGCUGCGUCUCGAUGCGUCCGGCGUUCAGACGGGGACGCAGCGGAGCAGUCUGUUCGUGAGCCAGCAGGGGGGGCUGCUCAGGACGUACACUGGUAACCAUGGCAGCAGCAGCCGCUUCCCAUUCAGCGUAAUCUCCACCAACACGCUGCGAUGCCCAGCAAACGCCAUCACAAGCAGCGUGACGUCGCUCUGCCUCAAGACGCAGUCCGGCACCACCCUGCAGCACCUCCCACUGCUGCCGCCAGGCUGCGAGAACAACGCGCCCAAACUGUUCCAGACCGCCGCCGAGGAUGCCGACACGCCGCUGGAUGUCUGGACCGUCAUCAAACCCGGACACGUCCGCGAGAAGAUCGCCAUCUUUGUUUCAGAGAGGGGACGAGAAGAUAGCGCCGGAGGUGGCGAGUGUGCUGCGAACAGCAGGGACAGGGUGCCGGCGCCGUGCACCAACUACAGCGUUGGGACGGGGCUGUCACGAGCCGUGAAGGCAAAGGGCAGCUGGGAUGAAAACUGUACCGCCAAACGGCGCCGCCGGUCCGGAAACACCCAAAACCUUCAGCAAGACCAGAGAGCUGGUGACCUCAGACCUGCUCCGCAGCGCCCGCACUCCGGUCAGCAGUGUGGCGGCGAGCUGGGGACAGCAGAGGAGGCGGACCCGAAAGUGUCAGUGGUGGACAUGGUGGCGUUUCUGGAGCAGAGAGCGAGCGAGCAGCAGCUGGACUCCAAACCUGUGCUCGCUCUCCAGAGGAGCUGCACCACCAUCAUGCUCUCCAGAGCCCCGCCCACCAAGCUCAGGGACGGCUCGGAGCACAGGGGGGAGGAGCCGGAAAGCGUCCGAGUGUCAGAUAUGGUGGCGAGACUGGAGUCUGAGUGUCUUAGGCGGCGGGCAGAGGGCGACCUGUCACGUAGCAACAGCCUGCGGAGGACAGCGGGGCGUGUGCUGCUCGCCGCUGCCACAGGUCACAGCUCCACCCCCAGCCAGCCCGCGUCACCAUCAUCACCUGCAGCUCAGUGUCUGAGCAGGGAGCCAGUCGGCUGUCUCCCGGCCUCAGCUUUGACCACGCCCCUUUCAGGUGAGCUGGUCAAGUCGGAGGAGGCUGCAGGUGUGGAGAGGGAGCGCACUGUAACAGAGACUCACCUUAAGGCCCCGCCCUCUGAGGAGGAGGAGCCUGUGCCUGGCUUAUUGUUUUUGUCUCCAACACCUGAGAAAGACUCCACCCCCUCGGCACACCGCCCCCCAUGCCACAGAGCCACCUAUGUGCUUCAACCUUUUAAGCCCGCCCCCUGCAGUACUGACAGCCAAUCAGAGAAGACUAGGAGGAGAGGAACUGAGGAUGCUGGCGUAGUUAGCAACCCUGCCUCGGCGCCUCUGGUGUGGCGUGCGUCGGCGUCGCAGGACUUCCUUGAGAAGCGUCAGCGGCUGCAGCAGCUGCUGGAGCCGCAGCCGUACCUGACGGCGCUGCCGCACCACCUGCUCGUCAAGAUCCUCCUACUGCUGCCGACGCAGAGCCUCGCCGCGCUCAAGUGCGCCUGCAGUUACUUCAAGUUCAUCAUCGAGAACUACGGCGUGCGGCCCGCUGACUCGCUGUGGGUGUCAGACCCCCGUUACCGUGACGACCCCUGCAAGCAGUGCAAGAAGCGUUACGGGCGCGGCGACGUGUCGCUGUGCCGCUGGCACCACAAGCCGUACUGCCAGGCGCUGCCGUACGGCCCAGGGUACUGGAUGUGUUGCCAUGGCGCCCGCAGGGACACGCCCGGCUGCAAUGUGGGUCUCCAUGACAACCGCUGGGUCCCGGCGUUCCACAGCAUUAAUGUGCCCAUCUACCGCAGGAGUAACCAUGACGACUGAUUGUGAGUGUGUGACGGGCAGAGGCUGUUUGUGCUCUCUGUGUGUGAUGUCAGCAGCGUCCAAUCAGAACGCUUUCAUGCAGGAUACCACGCCCACAAAUCAAAACGCCGUGGAACUUUAAGCUGAUGAUGUUUAGGUGAAAGAUCUGGGCGAGAGGGCGGGGCGAGAGGGCGGGGCUUGAGUCUGACAAACAGCUGCUGCAGCCACGAUGCAACGGCAGGCCGGUGCUCCGGCAGACGCAUCAUUCUGAUUAUUGAUCGCUGAUCGAUUAGAUGCUUGAGCGUCUCCCUGCGUCUGAUGGAGCGCUGGCCUCGCGGCGCCCCCUGCUGCUCCCCCCACAGCCUCCAUGCUCUGAUCUGCAGAUCGAUAUCGCUCACUGAUCAGUGAUCGGGUUUGGAGGAGGAGUCUCAGCCAGGACUCUUCCUCACUGGCUGGUUCCUGAUCAUCGUAUUGAUGAGUUAUCGAUAAUAUUUAUUCAUUCAGUUUUACAAACAGGAGCCGUACCUUCAAAAUAAUGCUGCGAGCUGACUUCCACUGUGAUGUCACUUCCUUAAUUAGAGCUAAUUUGCAUCUCAGAGGGAUUGAUUGGUCAAAAGGCCUCAAAUCCUGAACUUUAUUGAUCACGAUCACCGACAGAAAAAAAACUUCCUAACCGUGGGUUUCCUUCAGCUUUUAAUUUGAAAACAGAAGUUGAGUAAACUGCUUCAUGUUUUUGCAGAGAUGUGUGACCAUAAUUAGAUUUUUUUUUACACAGGAAGGGGUGGGUCUAACUGGUUAGCAACAGCUGAACUUUCAAAAUAAGGGCACACAGAGGUAUCUGAUAGCAGCAUCAAAGUGAUGAGAAGUAAAAAUAUGACUCAGCAGCUGUCCGUCUGAGCAGCGUCUGUUGGGACCAGAGCAGGUGGUCGCGUCUCGCCCCCUUGUCCCGUUUCCUGUCGUCAGAAACUUAUAAAUAUAUAUUUCUUAAAACAGAUGAAACUUUAUUAGUCGGACGUCUGUAACCAUGACGGAAAUCCACCUGACACGUCUGCACCAAUCAGGAUGGCUAAACUUUCCCUCCACCUCCCUCCCCCAGGGGCGGAGCCUAAAACAGCUGCAUGGUCAAUGUUCCCUCUGAGGUCAUGCGCCGGUUUUUAAAGAAACUUUGUUUUAUUACAGUAGAAGAAGAAGUUUAUUGAUCAUCAUUAUGUCUGAUUGAUUGGCCCAGCUGAUCAAUCAGCUGUUCAGGAAUAAUUGUGGGCGGGUCCUUGUUUUGACUUGUUUCAAAUAAAAUUUGGCUUCCUGAACUUUCUGCAGGUUGAUCUCACCCUGUUAUCCUCUUACUGAUCGAUCAGCUGAUUGGCUUAUUGAUUAGGCUUCAUCUUUUUGAUUCUGAGAUGCAGAGGUUCCUGAUGAUCACCUGACUGAUGGAGGCUGAGAGAUGGUGAGUGGGUGGAGCUUCAGGGGUCGACGACCUCUCUGUGCACCUUGUUUGUUUACAUUUGAGUGUUUGUUUCCUGUGCGAUCAGCUGAUUGAUAAUCAUUGAUGAAUUGAGGCCUUGAGCGUGGAGUCGGUGAUUGAGAGUUUUAGAGUCGUUUGUCUGCUCCGUUUUUCUGUGCUUUAAUAAAGAGCUUUUUUCAUUGU